UUCGCCUCGGGCUGCAGAGGAGCGCUGGGAGUUCGCUGUACUAGUUGCGGCUCACUCACUAGCUAGUACUGCGGAGUCCAGACUCUGACCAGAGGGGAGGGACGCUGGCGGCGGCGCUACAGGCUUUGGAAGCAGGAUUAUCUGAGACUCACUUGCGGAGAGAUCUCGAGUUCAGUCUCAUGAAGUCUCCCACUGUACAACGUAGCGCUGGGGGCGCGGGGGCCACCGCUGCCACCGCAGCUCCUUCCCUGGACUCAAUGGUGGCUGCAGACCUGUCUGAUGUCCUGUGCGAGUUUGAUGAGGUCAUGGCUGAUUUCUCGUCCCCCUUCCACGAGCGCCACUUUGAGUACGAGGAACACCUUAAGAGGAUGAAACGCAGGAGCAGCGCCAGUGUCAGUGACAGCAGCAGCGGUUUCAGCGAUUCUGAGAGAAGAAGGCCUUGGAAAACAUCCUUGACCAGUAUUGGGGGAGGUGCAGAUUCCCCUUAUAGGCACAGUUUUAGCUGCAGUGAUGAAAAGCUGAAUUCUCCAACAGUCUCGACACCAUCUUUGUCCUCUCCCCUAGUCGUUCCUCGCAAAGCCAAACUUGGAGACACCAAAGAACUAGAGGACUUCAUUGCUGAUCUGGACAGGACAUUAGAAAGCAUGUGAAAAGAGAAAAAGGUGUGGGUACCUGUACUUUAAGUGGGAGAAGCUUCAGAAAGCUGUGAAGACCCAAGGAAACCAACUGUUAGAAACUGCUGCCCUAGCUGACUCUCAUCAGUGUAUCCUACCAUGUCAUCUGAGAUACUGUUAUUUAAAAUACAACCUUAGGAAUCAUCUUUGCUGGAUUCUUAAGUAUUAAAAUUGACCUAAUUAACCUGUGCAGCAGAUAAGAGCAAAUGCCCUGUGCUAAUAUUGUAUUUUUCCUUAAAACAUAACUCAUAUGUAAUUUAAAAUGCUUUAUGAAGAUAUUUGUAAUUAUAUAUAGUUGGAAACAGUAAUGAUGCUUUAUCCCUUUAUAAUAUAUUUUUGUAUGCAAAUAAAACUUCAACUGGA